CUAACGCAUCCACCGGAUUUGCUUCUUUCUCUCUCUCAUUCGGUUACUACCUGAAUCUCCCUCAGUUUCCUCGCUCUCUGCCAUUUCCUUUCUCCUUCUCUCUGUGAAAUUAGGGUUUCCACUCUGAACACGUUCGAUGAUCCUGCCACUGGCGGUUCUGUGGAAGGAGACGCUUGUUUCCUGCUGAUCUCGAUAUUUGUUUUGGCGGACGAUGACGGAGAUUCUACGAAGAAGUUGAAAGAAAUCGGGACUGUUCGAUUAUUGAGUGAAUUAUUCGAAAAAUCUGGAGCUUACUAGGUACAGGCAUUGUCGAUUUGUGAUCGGAAUCGAGCGGCGGUGGAAAUGAGCGCCUCGAGAUUCAUAAAGUGCGUGACCGUCGGCGAUGGUGCAGUUGGCAAGACCUGCAUGCUGAUUUCCUACACCAGCAACACUUUCCCUACCGACUAUGUCCCAACUGUUUUUGACAAUUUCAGUGCAAACGUGGUUGUUAAUGGAAACACUGUCAACUUAGGGCUAUGGGAUACUGCUGGUCAGGAGGAUUAUAAUAGAUUAAGACCUUUGAGCUACCGUGGGGCAGAUGUCUUUAUUCUUGCCUUUUCUCUCAUCAGCAAGGCCAGUUAUGAAAAUGUUGCCAAGAAGUGGAUUCCAGAAUUGAAACAUUAUGCGCCUGGUGUUCCGAUUGUUCUUGUUGGUACAAAGAUUGAUCUCCGAGAUGAUUCGUCUUUUUUUGAAAACCAUCCUGGUGCAGUGCCAAUUACUACAGCUCAGGGGGAGGAAUUAAAAAAACAAAUAGGGUCUCCUGCCUAUAUUGAGUGCAGUUCAAAGACACAGCAGAAUGUGAAGGCAGUUUUUGAUGCAGCCAUAAAGGUAGUGCUCCAACCACCUAAUCAGAAGAAAAAGAAGAAAAGGUCGCAAAGAGCCUGCUCAAUUUUAUGAUCAAUCGGAUGAUUAGGUUUUACAGAUAAGUAGAGCCGCCAGCCUCUAGCUGCUGUUUCUCUGUCACCUUUUCCAUUCCUCGUGGGGGCAGCAAACCAGGGUGUGUAUAGCCUUGACUGACGCACUGGGCGUUUAUCCAAAGGCAUCAGAUGGUUUGUUUCUUUUUUUUUUUUUUAAUUAUUUUAAUUAUUUUUUUAACUUAAUUCUCAUGAUCUUUCAUUCAUAGAGUUCCUUGUUAAUGUGCACACCUCUACUUUUUAUUUUACUCAUUUCUCAUGUAUUAGCCAGAUGUGAGGAUUGAUCUUAUU